UUUAUUCCGGAGUACUGUAUACCCCUCAGCUAUAACCACAAUAUAAAUAAAGUGCAAUUACAAAGUAGUGGAAACGAUUCCGUACUAAUCAUCACCGCAUACCUCUACGAAGGCUUAAAACUGACCGAUGGCUUUGAAUGUCAUGUGAUGGUUACGGGACCCUCGGAUACGGGUAUUGUGACCACCAUUAAGAAGGGGUCCUUUCAUGACAACGGCACCUUCUACUUCAGGAGCGGCUCCAACCCGGAGAAAGCCUGGUCACCCAAAGGGGAUGACUAUAAAUCUAAGGAGAUAAUAGCGGUGCCCAAAGGGGGGGGGGAGGAGAGCAACAUAUUCCUACGAUUUAAGCCCAACGCUAAGCAAACCCAACACAACGCCGGCUUUGAAAUAGCGUUCAGAGGUUCGCGAGAUUCUGGUGUUUAU